AUGGCCGGCCAAAUCCGAGUUCCAUAUGCCGAUGGCAUGACCGAGGGUCAAGGUUACAACUCCUACCUACAGCAAACUUGCAUGCACAAUGCCGUAACCAUACAGUCGACGGCUGGCUCAGACUCGCCCAUGGACCUAAGUUAUCAAGCCCGCGAAAUCAAAGACUACAACGAACUUCUGCAAACACUUGACAUCAGUGCUGGUGCGGGCAUCGUAGGUUGGGGGACAGACACCAAGAUUGACUCCAAAUUUCUUGACCGAACAGAGAUCAAGAAAAGCCUGCUCACCUACGUAGUCAAAGUGGAUGCCCGGCGACAGCCGAGUGCAACAGUCAAGUACACAUUUAACUGGACAUCUCCCUCCGAUCCUCGAGGGCUAUACGGCGAUCACUUUAUUUCCGAUUUCGUCAAGGGCGGGGCGCUCUUUGCUCGAGUUUCCAUCAUCACUAAUGAGAAGUCAACCUCACACGAGCUCCAGGUCGCAGCCAAAACCGCCUUCUCCGUCUUCAGUGCCAACGCACAAGUCACUACUGAAGUCAAGGAGAGCAUUCAAAAGAUCCAGAAAAGCUCCGAAGUCAAGAUCUACUUGCACUAUGUUGGAACUCCCACUGAGAUGAAGCCGAGCGACGAGGCAGAGAAUAACAUGAUGCGCCUUAAAGAGGUCGCCGACUCCUUUUACAAUAAUGCCCCGAAGCAUACCUAUAAGAGAUUUGCGCUGUUAGAAAAGUAUACUAAUAUUCCCAACUUUAACGGCUCAUUUGUGCCAUUUGACUAUACGGAAGCUAAAGAUCGGAGCUGGGCUGUUUUUAACGAUUUUACCAAGUGUCUCGUUGUUCAGAAUAUGCUUCGAGCAAUCGACUCGGAUCAUUACACAAAUGGUCGAAGCGACCGAGACAGGCUCAACAACAAAGUCAUCACCCAGCUGCAGCUCUACAGAAACUGGGUAACCCAAGUGAGCAAAAAGCCUGAAGAGGCCAAGUCGCCGCCCUCGGGCGACUUCCCGGCAAAGCUCCAAACUGAAGUAUUACUUGCUGUCAAGCGAAGAAAGUACAUCGCUCAAAGCAUUCGCUUGAAAAACAACCUGAGAACUCACUUCAUCGAUGACUAUAAACACGACACGGCCAAAGAGCUGUUCCGCUUCGAAGCCUAUGAUUUUGACCAACUUAUGGGAACUACCAAGAUCAUCUUUGGGAAAAUGAACAAUGAAGACAGGUAUAUCUGCCUGGUGGGAAGAAACUCCAUCACCCCUGGCUAUAAGCAGACGAGCCAGCUGUGGGGGUUCGAGGAGAAGGUGAAGGAUAUUGUUGACGCAAAAGUGGAUAUCCAUCCUAUUCUUGAGAUGGGAGUUGUAACGCUGGACCUUGAGGAUGCAACGCCGCGCCGUGAUGAUGACUUGAGCUUUUAUGUAAAGAAGAUCUAA